CGAGAGUUACAACGAAUGACAAACAAAAUAAAUAAACUUGAAGAUACUGAAUAUUUAAAGAUGAUAUUAAAAGAACUUCAGGAAUUUCAAAAAUACUGCUUUAUCUUGGCUGAUGAGGUGUAUAUAAAACCUGGGCUACAAUACUCUGGUGGUAUUGUGUAUGGUGAAGCAGAAAAUAUCCAAGAAAAAGCAAAAACAGUUUUAGCACUAAUGCUUCUUUGUCUUUUUGGUGGCCCACGACUUGUUAUAAAAGUUUUUCCAGUUUGUAAAGUUACAACAAAUUUUCAAACAAGCGUGAUAGAAGAAUUAAAUCAACAAAUCAUAAUUGCAGGUGGAAAGCCUCUUGGGUUAAUAAUGGAUAACUGUCGAGUAAACCAAAAAACAUUUCAAUAUUUUAAUGCAAAAAAAGUUCCAGCAUACUAUCUUUUAAAUGACACUGUGCAUAUUUUUAAAUGUAUUCGAAAUAAUUGGAUCACUGAAAAAUUACAAUGUUUAAAAUAUAGAUUGCUAAAUGAUAACGAUACUGUGCGACUUGCAGAAUGGAAGUUUAUAAUUCAACUUCAUGCUGCAGAUAGUGGAAUAGUUAAGUUGUCACCCUUAACACAAAAAGCUGUGUCACCAAAACCAAUUGAACGACAAAAUGUUGGAUUAGUUCUUAAAGUUUUUUGUGAUGAAACAGUUGCAGCAUUACGUGUAAAAUUUCCUGAAGCUGAAGAUACUGCACUUUUUAUUGAAACAGUUGUUAAGUGGUGGCUUAUUGUCAACAGUAAAGCAAAAGGUCUAGAUAUUAGAUUAAAUGAUAUUCGAAGAAAGCCUAUUACUUCAGUAAAUGAUUGGCAAAUAGAUUUCUUAGAAAACCAUAUUUCGUAUUUUGCUGAAAAUUUGAAAUGCGUAAAUUCAAAAUUAAGAAGAAAAAGUUAACAAUGGAUACUGCAAGUGCUUUGCAAAAAACUUCUAAAAGAUU